AUGACGUUGAUCCAACGUGUGAUUUGGCUGGUCUGGCUGCCAAGGCUAGUUGGACUACUGAGUUGGAGUUGCCGUGGUCUGAAGUUGGUAGUCGAGUUUGAGACUUUUGUCUUCCGUGUGGUUGAUGACAGUGGUUGGCUGGUCGGGGCAGAGGCUGUGGUGGCGUGGGCUGUGAACAAAAAAUAUCGGUUCUACGCCAAGUCUCCACCACUCUUUGAGAAAUCCAUAACCAUGAAAAACAUGGAAGAAAGCCUUAAAAGAGCAAUGAUGCUGAAGCUUUUCAUAAAAAAGCUGAAGCGGGUUCUCUUACUCUCAGCUUCUAGAGGAGCCAAUGUGUGUGAAACCGGGUUUGAUGAAGUGAUGGAAGCUGCAAAAAUAGUUCCAGUUGAUGUAAAGAAGGGACAUUUUGCAGUAACUGCGAUCAAGGGUGAAGAACCAAAAAGGUUUGUUGUGAAGUUGGAUUGCCUCGCUAAUCCAGAUUUCUUGAGCUUACUGGAGCAGGCUAAAGAGGAAUAUGGAUUUCAACAGGAGGGAGUUCUUGCAGUCCCUUGUCGACCAGAAGAAUUACAGAUGAUUCUAGAAAAAAGGAGAAGGAGAAGGGCAAGCACCGAAUGGUAG